AUGGCACCAAAGAAGGCGAAGAAGACAUCCGACUCCAUCAACUCGCGCCUGGCGCUUGUGAUGAAGUCUGGCAAAGUCACCCUGGGUUACAAGUCCACCCUGAAAUGCCUUCGAUCUGGAAAGGCCAAGCUGGUCAUCAUCGCUGGCAACACCCCCCCUCUCCGCAAGAGUGAGCUUGAGUACUACUCGAUGCUUUCCAAGACCAAUGUCCACCACUUUGCUGGCAACAACAUCGAAUUGGGCACUGCUUGCGGUAAGCUCUACCGAUGCUCAACCAUGGCCGUUCUCGACGCCGGUGACUCCGACAUCCUCGGCGCCGCUGCAUAG